AUGAGUGUGGACCAAGAAGACUCAUCUAUGUGGGAGUUCAUGCUCGAAGUCGUGUCUAAAGGGGCAGAUAAUGUUGUUCGGUGGCUUCCUGGGAUCGAGGUAGUAGAUAUCGACGGACAACCUUUGGAACCACGCGAAUAUCAGCCUACUUUAUGGAAUUUUUUAUACUCUAAUCAUUUAUACUUGGCAAUCUUUGUGAAUGUUUUAAACAAUAGAAUAAACGCCAUUGUCACUCCCCGUAACCCAAGACCUUUGCCAAAAACUACCCGCCUGUUAAUUCGAUUACCGUGUUUUUAUCUAAUGGCAAAGUCUUCACUUGUUCUUUUAUCACGACUAGCGAUAGGUGCUAUGUGUUUGCAACCGUAUUUCUCACAAUGGCUUUUAGAUUACGCAAUACUCGAAAUUUUCGAUAUAUUUCUUCUUGAGGUUCUAUAUCUUCAUCCACGCGGAAUCCAGUAUCGACUCAUACCUACUACUAUAAUUGGCGUUGCAGGAAUAAUUCAUUAUGCCUACGCUUUACUUGCUAAAUCAGAUACCUAUCCUAUGCUUCAAAGUUUUGCACGUUUUCCAGAGCUUGCUUUGAUAGCUAUUAUUAUAAUUUGUGUUACUCUCCACGUAAUUGCAUAUAUCGUAACUGGUGGCAACGUUCGUCGAACUUUCUUCUUGGAUGCUAGGUCUAUGCCAUCACUUCAUGAGGAUUAUACAAUGGCACUAUAUAGAAUUGGUACUAUUGUCAUAGAAACUAGUCGUGUUGAUGGAUUUCGUAAUGAAUUGUCUCCAAUAGCUGUUCCACUAGGUACGAUAUUUGAACGUUCUAAAAAAAAGAAACCACGGUUAUCUGUUGACAGUUCGAGCAAAAGAAAACCAACGUGCGGAUACGAUAACGAACAACAGGAUACAAAUGACCUUAUUUCUACGGAGUCUAAUGGUGGCCCGCGUCGUGUAAUUGUUUGGACAAAUUUCGUAUUUCAGAUUAUUCAAGUAAUUGUAGAAGCUAUAAUGCGUGUCAUAAGUUGGUUCAAAUCAUUCUGUAAUGGACGCCAACCAGCACCGAACAACACACCGCAAUACAACAAUAAUAUUGAUGGUGUCGAUGAUAUUGAUCGGGAUGAGGAAAUAUAUCACAGAUUUCUUUAUGAAGAAUUCGAUGAACGUGACGAUGAAGACGAUGAUUUUGCAAAUCUAAAAGAAGAAGAUUCCAUAGAUGAAGAUUCAGAUCAAGACGAGACUACCAUUCCUGGCGAUGAACUUUUACUAUUAGGAAAUGAUUUAAGAGAACAUGAAGAACAGCAACCAUCAACAUCAUUCGCUUCGACAUCUAAUGUUCUAUCUACAUCAUCAUCAGCUUCGACAGCGAAUCUUUUGUCAACAAUGCAAUCUAUUCUUACACAUUUGAUGUAUUCCACACCUCUUACUCGUACACAAUAUCGACGGCUCACGCAAAACAGUAUGUCAUCUACGCCUGACGAGUCUGCCGCAUUAUUGGCACUAAUUCAUGAAAGGCGAGUACCAUGCGAGUUAACAUCCCAACCUAUCACAGACCGAGUUUGUGUUGUUUGUCAUGGAGAAGCUCGUCAAUGCCUUCUUAAACCGUGCGGUUGUUUCGCGCUUUGUAAUGAGUGCCGUGAAACGAUGGCCCAACGCAAAUAUAAGUAA